AAGUAGAUUUGUAAUCUAUACAAAAUGGCGGCAUUAAGCAGUUCGUUCAGUGACGGGUCUGAUAUUUUGUACGACUAUGCGUGUGCUCCUUGCGCUACUGAGUGCAAAAAUGUCGAAGCAGAUAAGUUCUGUGUGGAUUGUAAUCAUUUGUUAUGUUCCGUUUGUAUUGGACAUCAUAAUAAAUUUGAUUUUAUGAGAGGUCACCAGAUGUUAGACAAAACUGCAAGUAAUGGUUCCCGAGGAAAAGAGAAAACCGACAUGCCAACUAUGAGGUGUUCAAAACAUGACGGAAAAAUAAUAGAUAUGUUCUGUAAAAGUCACGACGAACCAUGUUGUAUAGUGUGUGCCUCGGUAUACCACAGCACGUGCCCAGAUAAAGAUUAUCUUCCUAACGUAGCAAAAACUAAUAUGAAUAUAAAAGAAUGGCAAAGUAUGAAAACAUCAGCACAAAAGUUUAAAACAAGGCUACAAAAAUCAAAGGAAAAAAGAGAGAGCAAUUUAGAAAGUAUAUCAAACCAAAUGUCAGUUAUUCUUGUCAAAAUUAAAGAAAAGCGCAACAUGAUCAAUGACAAAUUUAAUGCUUUAGAGAAUGAUAUCAAAGCUAAAGUUGAUAUGAAGUUAAUCGAGUAUUCUAGUGAGCUGACGGAAGAAAUUGAAAAAUUGAAUGAAUACAUUAAUAUCAUAGAUGGAUACGAGGAAACGAUGGCCUGUACAGAAGAAAAUAAAUCCGAUAACUACAUCAGAAUUAAACAACUUCAACAUCAGCUUAAGUCUGGAACAAAACUUCUUGCAAAUUUAUGUCAACCCAACAAAAGUAUUCAUUUUUUUGAAACAUGUAACAUGUCAGAGAUUUUCGAAAUGCUUGAAAAAGUUUCAUUCGGACAUAUUUCUGGAAGUGGCGCCGUUGAAUCAGUCGUGGUAGAGGCAGAUGUUAACAUAAAAUCUAGAGAUGAUACAACCGUUUGUUGUAUUUCCGACAGUUGUUUAAUGGAAAACGGAGAAGUAAUUUUGUCUGAUCAGAAUAAUCGGAAUAUUAAGAAGCUUGAUUGUUCCUUUCAGCUGAAAGAAUGGAUAGCUUUACCAGGCAAGCCAUGUGCUGUGUGUCCGACAGGUGGCUCAGAAAUUGCAGUUUCUUUACUUAACAAAAAGACGAUACAGUUUGUGUCAACCGGAAGUCCUAUGGCUACAUUAAGCUCAAUUAGAAUCGGAGAAUCUUGCCGAGGAAUAGUUUAUAUUGACAGUAAACUGUACUUAUCAUGUGGCGGCAUGACUAAAUAUCAGGACGGUCCUGGUGAAAUAAGAGUGUAUGAAAAAUCUGGCACAUUUAUACGUAAAUUUGACACUGGUGUAAAAGUUCCUAAACGAAUGGCUUUAAGCUCAGAUAAAAUACCAGUCGACGUCUUUAUUGCAGAUGAAGAAAACGGUGUUCUGUGUAUAGAUACCAGUGACCAACCACACUCUGUAAGAACAAUAUGUCAAUAUCAAGACCUGUUAGCUCCUGUUGGACUUUGCUAUAUGGGGAAGGGACAGAUUGCUGUGUGUGGAUAUGACUCCAACAAUAUAAUGCUUAUCUCUAAAUCUGGUGUCUUAAUGAAAGAACUGUGGUCAAAAACUCACGGUGUUGUUAAACCAAAGACUACCUGUCUUGAUCAUACAGGAUACAAAAUGUUAGUUGGUAUAACUGACACCGAUCAUAUCAAAGUUGGUCAUUUAAUACGAAGCUAGAUAACUCGGGGCGUCUUUGACCGAGUGGUUAAGGUCUUCAACCACUUGCCCCUCACCACUGUGGACUGGAAUCCAGCAAGGGACAUUGGUUUUUUACUGUGAGGAAACUUUCCAACUUGAUUACGGAAUGUCGAUGGUUCAACUUUGGUGCUCUUGCCUGAAAUAAUUUACAGAGGGGUACCUGAGGUCUUGCUCACCCAGGCUAUAUGACUUCUGCUGUGUUGGUACAACGUAAAAAAUAAAUAUCAGCUGUUACCAGCACCAGUGAUGGUGUUUUGUAAAACUGUUGUUGUAAAUAUAUCUUAUGUAUAAUAUAUAAUAACAUGAAAAAAUAAAGUGGAUCAAACACUAUAUCUGAAGUAAAACAAAAUAAGACUGAAGAAAUCCACACUUUGUUUGGCUUUGAUACAGAGAAUGUACAAGCAAAGGAACGAAAAUCAUUCCUACAAUUAUGGUUUAUCGUGACACACUUCAUUCUUACACAGUUGUAGUUUAUAAAUCAUGAACACUAUACUUUUUGCCGUAUCCUACUAUUACUUAGAUAUAUAUUUAGAACAAUGAUAUCAAAGUAAAAAGUGUAAAGUGUGAAGGCUACAUCGUGCUUUGAAUAAUAUUAAAAUUUAACAAGCUCGCUUAACCGUGAUUUGUAAAAUGUUUAUGUAAAAUAAUGUAUAAUAUGUAAAUAUAAAAUAUGUAAAAUGUAAUGACAUUUGUGCAAGAUUACUUGGAUAGUAAAUUUAUCCUUUAGA